CUGAAGAUGCUCAAAAUAUCAUUCAGUCAGAUGAAGAUCAUGUUAUAAAACCAAGGAUUUCAGUAAAGGACGACACUGAACUCAAUCUCUUCACUGUGAACAUGACUGAGCUGAGAGCAGAGGAUGCUGGGAAAUACUGGUGUGCAGUGAGAGACGUGUUUAACCUUCCCCUUGAGUUCGUGAUCAUCAUGAAGGACGCGGUCAUUCAUGAAGCGUCUGUCGGAGGAUCAGCGUCCAUCAGCUGUAAACACAUCAGGAAACAAACACAGAAGUUUUUCUGCAGAGGAGAUCAGCCCAGUAUCUGCAUCAGAGACGGAGCUCGUGUUUCAUCAAAUAACAGAAUAAACGGCAGAUUCUCUCUGACUGAAGAAACCUCUGCUGGAGUCUUUACUGUGAAGAUCAGCGAUCUGAGAGUAGAGUAUUCUGGGAAAUACUGGUGUGGAGAGGAGAUCUCUGGGUCCUUCAUAUUCACUGAAGUUCAGCUACAUCUGACCAGAGAAAUGACGACAUCUAACACCAAAAGAGAAACAUCCCAGGAAAAGGCUGAAAUGACCUCAUCUGACACUAAAAAGGAAACCGUCCAGGAAACAGAAAAUCCUGGUUUUUUUGUAAUAGCUGUUGUUUCUGUGGGUUUGCUCCUGCUGGCUCUGGUUAUAGCCUUAAUCUUAUUCAAACUGAAACACAACAAACAUGGCAUCAUUUCAUCAACAGACAGAAGACAGACAGGGGAUCAUGAAACGACUCAAGAAGACAUUCAAGACACCAGGCACCUUGAUCCUGAAUCAGAUCCUCUCUAUUCAACAGUCGAGUUACCCACAAACCCCUCUGAUUCACAGAAUCCACUUUACUCAGCAGUUCAGUUACCCACAAUCCCCUCUGAUUCACAGAAUCCACUUUACUCAGCAGUUCAGUUACCCACAAUCCCCUCUGAUGGGCUCCUGUACGCUGCUGUCAGUUUCCAGAAGUGUGAAGAGUCUCUCAGUGAAGCUACAGUCAGAUUCAGUAAAGAGGAGACUCAGUGUGAUUAUGCAUCUGUCAAUCACAACACCUCGCCAAAUUAAUAUUACCACUGGAUUUUUGUUUUUAUACACAACUAGAAGCAGUCACUGAGAAUGAUAGAAUCAUUAAGUUUCAUCGAGCAAGUUAUUGAGCAGUCAUCUACAGGUCAGUGUUGGGAAAACCUGAAAUGUUUCUCUGUGACUGAAGAGAACAUCACUCCUUACCCUUUGUUUACACUGCACACGUCUGCGGCGCGUUACGACUCCAACAAGGUUUUUUUUCGUCCUCCACACGAUGCCAACUCACACCAGGAGCACUUCAGAAGCCAUGCAACUGGAUUCACGAGACCACGUGAUUUGCCUGUCCGACAUUGUUUUUCUUGAUUUUGGAGUUCUACCAUGGUGAUGUUGGCUAAAUGGUUAUGUUUUGUCCAGUUUAAUUGUGUUUAUUGUUGUGUUUAUUGCUAUGUCCUGCUUUGUUGUGCUGUAGCCUACAGUCGUGGCCAAAAGUUUUGAGAAUUACAUAAAUAUUGGAAAUUGGAAAAGUUGCUGCUUAAGUUUUUAUAAUAGCAAUUUGCAUAUACUCCAGAAUGUUAUGAAGAGUGAUCAGAUGA